AUGCUUUUCGCUAUUUCGGUACUCGUAUCCCUUUCCGUUCUUGGAGGUGGACAUGGGAGAAGAUUCAAGGACGGUUUGACUGGAAAAUGCUUGGACAACAUGGUCAAAGGAGGUCACAAGGCGAAAGGGAGCGCUCACACGAACCCAUGUAAUGGUGGCAAGUUUCAAAUGUGGCACUGGGGGAAGGAUCACACUAUUUUGAACGCUGCUACGAAACAAUGUCUCGACUCUGAUGGGAAGACGAUAUACACGAUGAGCUGUAAUGGAGGGAAGAAUCAAAAAUGGCGGACAGACGGCGUGGGCGGGGUUGUAAAUUUCGCGACGAGGAAAUGUCUUAAAAGUUCGAUGAAGGGGCUUGUGUUUCCACAAGAGUGCAACGUAGGAAGAAAAUCGUGGCUGGAAUAG